UAACAUCAAUAACUUGGAGUUCUUUAGGAAACAGUGACGACUUUCCACUUCUCCCCGAGAUGCAUCGGCAACCGUCCGUCCGGCGGCGCUCGUCCUAUGCGCCGCAGCUAUGCGUGGCCGGCGCCAUCGUUCUCCUCCUCCUCUCUCUCUCGAUCCUCCACAUGCGUCUAUCGUCUUCCCCCCUUGUCCUCUCCUUCCCCUUCCACUCCUCAGCAUCCAACCGAUCCGCCAACUCCAACUUCAAUACCCUCUUUGAUGAUGUCGCCAACGACGACGUCGAUGGAGGCGUCGACGAUCGCAUCGACGAGCUUGACGUUCUCGACGACGACAAGAAGCUCGUCAUCACGGCCGCCGACAACGACGAUUCCGAUUCUGAUGACUCCGAGUUACGCUCCCGCUCCGGAUCCGGCCUAUUCUGGGACCACGCUUUUGGCGUGGCACGCAUUUCAUUUGGCCGGACGAAGUCGAGAUCCGAGCCGGAGGAGGAUUCUCGGAGGGAAGACCAAGCUCGGAGCAAGCUUGCUUUCGGAUCGGACGAUGAGCCGGUGGAUGAGGAUGUUAGGGCGAAGCUGGCCUCGAUUCGGCGGAUAGAGGAUGCUCUAUUGCUGAAGGUUGAUGGGCAUGGAGGGAACUCACUGAUGCGAGAUGGUUGGGCACGGUGGCUCGAGGGCAAGGGCGAUUUUAUUCGACGGGAUCGGAUGCUGCGGUCUAAUCUUGAGAUGCUGAAUCCGAAGAACCAUCCGUUGCUACAGGAUCCUGAUGUUGCUGGUCUUACGGGGCUUACUAGGGGUGAUCGACUGAUGCAGAAGGCGAUCUUAAAGGAGAUGGAUAAGGCGGGUUCGAUUGGGUCGGAGAUGAAGAGGAUUGAGGGAAGGAGGACUUUGCAUUUGAAGGUGGAAAGGGAGAAGAAAGAAGAGGGAAAUGUUUGGAGGUGGGGUAAUUUCCCCGGUAUUGAUUCGAAGCUUGGUUUUUCUGAGUUCAUUGAUCAGUUUUUUGUUAUUGGUCAGUGCUCUCUGAGGGUUUUCAUGGUGUGGAAUAGCCCUUCCUGGAGCUUUGGAGUGCGGCACCAAAGGGGGCUAGAGAGCCUUCUGCAUCACCACAGAAAUGCUUGUGUUCUAUUGUUCUCGGAGACUAUAGAACUGGAUUUCUUCAAGGAUUUCGUCAAAGAUGGAUUCAGAAUUGCUGUUGUCAUGCCAAAUCUUGAUGAAUUACUUAAGGAUACUCCAGCUCAUGUUUUUGCAUCUGCUUGGUUUGAAUGGAGAAAGACAAAGUAUUAUCCCCUUCACUACAGUGAGCUAGUACGUCUUGCUGCCCUCUACAAGUAUGGUGGGGUCUAUCUUGAUUCUGAUCUUAUUGUUUUGAAGCCACUAUAUUCACUCAGGAAUUCUGUUUGUGUUGACGAUCAAAGGGGUGGAGAUUCUACUUACAGUGGUGCAGUUAUGGCAUUUGAAAGACACAGUCCUUUCGUGAAGGAAUGCUUAACAGAGUUCUUCUCAACAUAUGAUGAUACCCUCUUGACAUGGAAUGGAGCUAAUCUGCUAACUAGAGUGAUUAAAAGGCUUCAGAGGAAAGGUGACAAAUACUGGGAAGAGCUUCGAAUAAAUUUAAUCUCAACCCAUUCAAUCUUCCCAAUAAGUUCAAUGGACAUAACAAGGUACUUUGCAGUGGCAUCAGAAGAGCCUGAAAGAGUCUAUCAUGAACAACUUUUCAGAAGGAUUCUGGAUGAAUCAUAUACCUUCCAUUUCUGGAAUGGCAUAACAUCUGCGCUUGUGCCAGAGCUGGGUAGUCUCACAGACAAACUGUUAAAUGAGUACUGCCUCCGUUGCCUUGAUAUUUUGUGAUCUACAUAGGAAUGGGGAUAACGUUGGUAGGAGAAAAGUCUGUUCAUUCAAACAGAAGAAGCUUGAUAAUUUGAUCAUUAAUCUGAGUCAGAUCCAAGUGAAAGCAUUUUAAAUCACAGUGGAAGCAGGUGACUUUCUGAUUGUAAACAAAGUAACGAUGCAGCUGUACCUUUUUGGCGGUGAAUGCAAUUCAAAUCUCUUGGGCUCUUGCUAUUAUUUUCUACAUAAUUUUCUAGGAGUGGUGAAAAGUACCUGAAUCUUACCCUGUGGACUUCCAUCCCAUCAUGAUAGCAUAUGUCCAUUAUUGUGAAGAAAUUUGAGGGUGAGGGCCUUGUGGUGUUUGAUCAUGGAGAUGGAAUGCUGAAUUUUCAGGCUGCUUGCAGGCAUCAUUCGGAUUAAAGAAGCUAUGUGAAAUGGCAGCGUAGUUCAUCUUACAGAAGAGACUGAAGAUGUCAUGGAAGCUGGGAAAAUGUGAAAAGUUGAAGAAACUCUUGCAUGGGAGAAACCAUGAAUGGCAUUGGCAAUCAAAGGUGAAAUAACCUAUGCUCUUGAGCUAAUAGAUUCUUCAUUUUUCUAUUUUAUUAGUUUAAACACCUUACAAUGUUGUGGUCAUCUAUUUUGUUCUUUACUAAGAAAAAUUUGCAGUGUCUGUUAUUCUGAUACACCAAGCUUCUCAAGGGUUUGUGCUUAACCAGUUCUUCUCGUAAUUCUUUUCUAGAUUACCUUAUUUCUGCAUUACAUAAGCAAAAAUUUGAUAUGCCUCAUUAUGGAUUUAUUUAUUUAGUUUUUUUUUU